GUCACAAGUCUGCGACGUUGCCGUGGUGGGGCUGUUGGCGUCUGAGGCUGAGGCGGCGGCGGCGACGGCCUGGGCGGCGGCAGCAGCGGAGGCUGCGGGGGCUGCGCGGGCUGAGGCGGGGCCUGUGGCAGUCACAGGGGCGGCUGCGGCUGCGGUUCCGGGCGCCGGAUCUAGGCCCGUGUCGGCCUCCGCGGUUUCCGCGCCGGCCUGGUAUGUACAGAUGGCUGCUUAGUGUCCUCCACUCCGUCUUCCGGAGGCCGCGCGGCCGCCCCGAGGCUGCAGCGCAGCCCCUGCUUAAGAGGCGGCUCUCGGACAGAACUCCUGCCACCGAUGAAAUACAAGCUAAAAGACCACGAUUAGAUUGCUUCAUUCACCGGGUCAAGAAGAGCAUCUGGGAUAUCACCAACUUAUUUGGCGCUCCGGCCCACCUCAGCCAGAGGCGCCCAGAGGCUAGUGGCUGCAAUGGCGCACAAACUGGGGGCUCUCCCAGAGAGGUAUUUCCCAAACGUUCAUCUUAUAAAUUGACAAAAUCUGGACCCUGGAGAGAUGUGCUUACAUCGGGUAAAAAACCACGUAAUGGAGCAAGUCAACAUUCAAAUAAAGUGAGUCGACAUCAUCCACGCCACGUUAUGCCUUCCUUUAGUUUUCCUCGUAACCAGGAAGUUUAUAACAAAAGAAUGAGUGGCCGUCACUAUGUCAAGUCUCCCUCAGACAGUUCUCUAGCCAGGAAACAGCCCGCUCAGGACCGGAAUGCUUCGGAGGGACCCCCUGCAGAAACUAGCAGGGCUCUGAGGAGAGCUCGCUGUACGGUGGAAGAGGGUUUUCAGAGAGAGGAAAGAGAGAAGUAUCAAAGGCUGUUGCAGCGACUUAAAGAAGGAUGCCAUGGAAACUGUCUCCCUUCUGUCACUGCAAACCAUCACGGUUCUCACCGAUGUCAUGUGGAAGCCGUAAGGAACGGUGGCUGGGGGGAAGACCAGCACCUCGAGAUGAGAGCAGGUCAGCUUGUUCCAAAGCAAUACAGAGUCACUGAGUCAUGGGGACCUGUUCGUGUCAUAAGAAAUGAGAAGAGGCAUCACCCUAAAGCAAAAAUUCCAGAACCUGGAAAGAUAAUUGAACAUAGAUUAGAAAAUGAAAGUAAGAGGGGGCAGCAGCCUGAACAGACGUGGGGGCAGCAGCCUGAACAGACGAGGGGACAGCAGCCUGAACAGACGAGGGGGCAGCAGCCUGAACAGACGAGCGGGCAGCAGCCUGAACAGACGUGGGGGCAGCAGCCUGAACAGACGUGGGGGCAGCAGCCUGAACAGACGAGCGGGCAGCAGCCUGAACAGGAGAGGGGGCAGCAGCCUGAACAGGAGAGGGGGCAGCAGCCUGAACAGGAGAGGGGGCAGCAGCCUGAACAGACGAGGGGGCAGCAGCCUGAACAGACGUGGGGGCAGCAGCCUGAACAGACGUGGGGGCAGCAGCCUGAACAGACGAGGGGGCAGCAGCCUGAACAGACGAGGGGGCAGCAGCCUGAACAGACGUGGGGGCAGCAGCCUGAACAGACGAGGGGGCAGCAGCCUGAACAGACGUGGGGGCAGCAGCCUGAACAGACGAGGGGGCAGCAGCCUGAACAGACGAGGGGGCAGCAGCCUGAACAGACGAGGGGGCAGCAGCCUGAACAGACGUGGGGGCAGCAGCCUGAACAGACGUGGGGGCAGCAGCCUGAACAGACGUGGGGGCAGCAGCCUGAACAGACGAGGGGGCAGCAGCCUGAACAGACGUGGGGGCAGCAGCCUGAACAGACGAGGGGGCAGCAGCCUGAACAGACGUGGGGGCAGCAGCCUGAACAGACGAGGGGGCAGCAGCCUGAACAGACCAGGGGGCAGCAGCCUGAACAGACGAGGGGGCAGCAGCCUGAACAGACCAGGGGGCAGCAGCCUGAACAGACCAGGGGGCAGCAGCCUGAACAGACCAGGGGGCAGCAGCCUGAACAGACCAGGGGGCAGCAGCCUGAACAGACGAGGGGGCAGCAGCCUGAACAGACCGAGGGGGCAGCAGCCUGAACAGACGAGGGGGCAGCAGCCUGAACAGACGAGGGGGCAGCAGCCUGAACAGACCAGGGGGCAGCAGCCUGAACAGACCAGGGGGCAGCAGCCUGAACAGACCAGGGGGCAGCAGCCUGAACAGACCAGGGGGCAGCAGCCUGAACAGACGAGGGGGCAGCAGCCUGAACAGACCAGGGGGCAGCAGCCUGAACAGACCAGGGGGCAGCAGCCUGAACAGACCAGGGGGCAGCAGCCUGAACAGACCAGGGGGCAGCAGCCUGAACAGACCAGGGGGCAGCAGCCUGAACAGACCAGGGGGCAGCAGCCUGAACAGACCAGGGGGCAGCAGCCUGAACAGACCAGGGGGCAGCAGCCUGAACAGACCAGGGGGCAGCAGCCUGAACAGAAGAGGGGGCAGCAGCCUGAACAGAAGAGGGGGCAGCAGCCUGAGCAGAAGAGGGGGCAGCAGCCAGAGCCUGAUCUCUCAGAGGAAGUGUCGGCCAGACUUCGCUUGGGCAAUGGAAAUACUGCCAUGUUCAAGCGGAGACACUCUGGGCUCGAGAUGAAGGAGCUGAAAGAAGAGCAUUGCCCAGGCAAAGAGGAGAAGAGUCUUGAGGAGCCUUCCGAACUCACCGAGGAUAUGGAAAAAGAGAUUAAUAGUGCCCUAGGCUGCGGCCCCCAAGAUGAGAUCCUAAGCAGUGCUUUCAAAUUAAGAAUCACCCGUGGGGAUAUACAGACCUUGAAGAAUCAUCACUGGCUCAAUGAUGAGAUUAUUAAUUUUUACAUGAAUCUUCUGAUGGAGAGAAAUAAAAAGCAAGGCUUGCCAGUGCUUCAUGCCUUUAGCACAUUCUUCUACCCCAAGCUGAGCACUGGUGGUUACCAAGCAGUGAAGAGAUGGACCAAAGGGGUGGACCUCUUCGAACAUGAGCUUAUUCUGGUGCCCAUUCACCGCAGGGCACACUGGAGCUUGGUGGUGAUCGAUAUGAGGAAAAAGAAUAUUAGGUACCUGGAUUCCAUGGGACAAAAGAAUCACCGAAUCUGUAACCUGAUGCUCCGCUAUCUACAAGAGGAAAGCAAGACCAAAAGAAACAGAGAGCUGGAUCCUGCGGAAUGGACCCUGGAAUGCGCAAAGGCCUACGAGAUUCCUCAGCAAUUGAAUGGAAGUGAUUGUGGAAUGUUUACUUGUAAAUAUGCAGAUUAUCUCUCUCAGGACAAGCCCAUCACCUUUACACAGAAUCAGAUGCCUCACUUCCGGAAGAGGAUGGUGUGGGAAAUCCUUCAUCAGCAGCUGCUCUGAGAACCCCCUGUUGUUCCUUGCAGCUGCUCGGGAUGCUCCCCAGAUGGUUCCAUUGAUCUCAUGCCUCAUGAGUUAGAAAGGCCCAGCAUCACUUCUGCUGCUUUGCAGGUACCGAGUUGCAAGGCCUGCAUGGAGGCGAUCUUGAGCCUCGGCCUGGGGGGACCGAAGACUGAGCUCCCGCCUGUAACUCUGUGCCUCUUGCAGGAUCUUCUGCUGGGCAGUCCCUAUGAAAACAAACACUAAUAUAAUGUGUGGUUAAAGGACAUUUUUUUUCUUCAAGAAUGUAGGAAAUGCAGGGUUUACUCUGUGUGUGUGUCUAUGUGUGUGUAUAUAUCUAUAUAUAGAGAGUGUGUGUGCGUGUGUGUAUUUGUGUUCAAGAGCUGGGCAGAGGCCCCUCAAAUGAAACUCUAGAUUUACUUCUAUGAAUAUUUAUUUCUGAAAGGACUAUUCAUUGAGCCACUCCCUCUAGCUGAGUCCUGAGGUAAUAACCCUAGGAGAGGGGAGGGGUGGAAGCUGCUACCUUGGAGCUGGAGGGAGCUCUCUUCGGGAGGCCAGAAAGAGACACACAGAUAGACAGAUGGACAGACAUGCUUGGGUUCCAGCCUCUGCCUUGGCUUUCUGGGCCGGCUGGCAGGCAGACAGGCAGGUCCCUCCUGCCAGAGCCGAGGGUGAUUGCAGCUGCUCCAGUCUGUCCAUCCCAGCCCAUCCCAGAGCUCCCACCUGCAUAGUCACUCCCUUUGAGAACACUGGCUUGAUUUGAUUAUGGAGACUUUGUUUCCCUCUUCCGCAAAGGAAGGGCCUGGCUUAGCUCCUGUAACUGGAUUUGUAAUUACUGUGAACCCACGAUUGUCACUGCUGGCCUUCAGCUGAUUGGGGGAAAGUCCCCAAGUUAUGAGAGACGGCAAGAAUUGUUUAUUUCAAGAGAGACUAUCCAAGGUAAAGCUAUUUUUCUCAAAGUUUCCUUUUUUCUAUAUAAAACUAAAAUUAAGUUUUGUACUUAUUUGGAUCUUUUUUUUUUUCUGAGCUGAAAUCUGUGAAAGAGCCUAUUACAAGGCUAAGGUUGUUGCUGAAUAAUCUAUUUUACAUAUGAAAGUUUGUAUUUAACUUGUUUUUUUAAAUUUAAAAGCAUCCAGAUGUGCUGCUUCUACUUUCUCAAGAGUUGAAGGAAUAUUUGUUGGUAUGAGGAAAGUUCAAAACCCCUUUUGCAGUAACUAGUGCCUGGUAUGUGUCUUUCCCCAUGUAAUAAAAGGUUGCCUGGCCAAGAGCCCUGGGAAAUCUAUGCCGAAACAUUGUUUUUGGAAUUUCCAGAACAGCUCACGUUGGUGCCUAGUGUGACAAUCUGGCACCUGGUAUGAGCUAGCAAGAUUGUCAGCUCAGCUGCCUCUCAGCUUGGGCCCACGCUGGUUGUGGCCUCUCUUCCCUGUGCCCUCCAGAGUGAGUACAAGUGCACAGAACUCCUAGGGAAGGAAGAGGCCCAGCCACAGUGGCCGACUGACGCUCUUGUGGCUGGCACAUUCUCAGUCCACACGCGUUCUAGUUGGAGCGUGUUUUCUGGGUCUCCCAUUUCUGCAGGCACAGAUCGGGUACAUUUCCCCGAUUUGGUUAUUCUUAAUUGUUGGGCCUGUCAGACUCAUUCGCUCCAGGUCUCAACUACUCGAACCUUUUUAGCCCCAUUCUAAACCCAAAUGGGCUCUUAACAUUUUUCUCCUAAAUAUAUUUUUAAAUACUAAAUUUUACUGAUGCUAUUUGUUCUAUCACAGCUAUUUCUGGAAACAGCCCCUGCCCCCCAAAGAAUACAAACAGCUCUAAACAAAGCCAACUCAGUGCCUGCAUCUGGUAGUGUAGACACCAUUGUGUACCUGUAUCCCCUCCCUUCCACGGAAAGGGCGGGAGGCGCCGUCUCUGCAUCUGCUCUCUGGAACAGAAUGGAACGCAGUGCCGUUACUCAGCAUUGGACUUUGUAUGCCUUCCCUUAUUCUGUUGUUGUAUUUGUGUCCGUUGUUUGGUUUCUGCUAUUUUGUGAUGUCUCAGUUCGCAAUGAAUUCUUCAGCAUCUACCGUUUCUUGUGCCGUAAGUUUCUCUUUGUUGAACUAUUCCCUGCCAGUUGGCAUACUCUUUGUUUCCUGUUUUUUGCUACCAAAAAAAGUGUUGCUGUGUGACUUUGGGUCAAUGAUGGGCCUUUUUUUUUUUUUAAACUGUUCUUGACCUACAGGGAUCUCAGUGCUGGCAUCCCUGGGUCAGCAGGUAUGAGUAGUGACUUAGCUCAUGGAACUCCAAAUUAUUUCCCAGAAACAUUGGGCCAGUCCACAGUGUGCCUGUCUCCCCUAGAGUCCCCAACAUCAAUUAUUUCUGUAUUUUGUCAUCUCUGAUAAUUUACCAGGUUGGAGAUGAAGCUUCAAGAGUUAUCUUGUUUGGCAUUUCUUGUAUUAGUGAUUUGCUAUAGUAUUUCUUAAGAUUUUCCCAGCCCUGUGGGUUUUUUAAUUCUCUUAACCAUCCCAAGUUUCUCCAAAGAUUUAUCGAUGCCCUUUGUACACAUGCACCCAGCCUCCUUUGUAACAAAGGGUUUAUCAUAGACAACAUGUGUGCCAUUCCACACCCAUAGGCCCCCGCUUCUUGGUGGGGGCGGGGGGACAUUUGUCAUUUAUGCAGUCAAGCUUGGUCAUUACAUUUACACAGUGUUCAUUUGACUUCAAUGUUCUUCCCGUUUCUGUUGUCAUAAGGAGUGAAUUCUGCUCCCUUCCUUCUUCCUCAGCUCAGAGAAACCUUUCCCGAAUAUUUGCCUUGUCUUAGGAUGCAGUGAUGCUCCAUUGCAUUGAUAGAUCACAGUUUCACCACUUCCUGACUGAUGCCCAGCCCUUCAUUUCCCAUUCCCUGAUGUCACAGAAUGUGCUGCUGUGAAGACCCUUCCUUUUGUCUUUGUUUUCCUUGGGGUAGUUGCCUAGGAUCUCCAGGUCAAGGGUGUGUGCCCAUUUUAGUCACUUUCCCCUAUGUAGUUCCAGGUUGUUUCCCUUACUUGUUGGACCGAUUCACAUACCUGUUAGGGACACUGUUUAACCCUGGAAGGUCCCUUCCUUUGUCCUGCCCCAGGAGACCCUGCCUUUCCUCACUGUCUCCUACUUUACCUUUGCAAGCUUUGCUUCCCAGGGCCCUAAGCUUCCCUUCUCCAAUGUAUACUUCUGCCCCUUCACCUCAGAGCUCCUCUCUCCCCUCUCUGGAGGGAACCAGCCACGUCAGAGAUGGUCAUUGGGAUGGUAGUGGGACAGUUGGAAAAGCUAGGCUACUUCGGUUUAAGCAGAGGCCCCCGUUUGCACUGUCCCUCCUGUACCAGUGAAAUCCCAGGUGAAAUGGAGCCAAAUCAGACUGAAGUCUGAAAGCAGCUUUUUGUGAGCUGGUCUAGCAAUGUCGCCCCCCCCUCACAGGAUUGUCCCCAUAGAAUAUGCUCUGACUGCCCAUUGGGAUUUUGUCGUUUGUGGGCACUGUUCCCCCCAUUCUUAAUCUAAAACCUUUGAGGAGAGGAACAACAGAUUUGGGGCCCUUUGAACAGUGGCAUCAUCACUGCCACUGCCACAUACAGAUUCAUAUAGAUUCACAUACAGGAGCAAAUUGGAAAGACCCCAGAAGUAUUUGGGCAAUAGCAGGAACUUAGGUUUUCAAACCUCUUUGUUUUCAAAUCACCUUCAUUUCCCUUCCCUGCCCCGAUGCCAUCCUGUAAAGCUAAGAAUAAAAUGAGGCGGGAAAAGCCCAUAGGAAGGAGGCUGGUGGGAAAAGCUGUGAGCCCCUGAGAAGAAAUGCCCUGCCUCUACCCUUGGUAAAGCUUUUUCCCCAUCACUUCAGUCAGUUUCACACAACACUGAUUUUCAGCAGCAAAUCUGGACUGCUCUGUGAGACUUUUACUAGCAAAUGCCAUUUAAAAGUCUAUAGGCUUAAAAAUCCCCUCCAAUUUAUACCCAGCUCUGUACCUGCCUCUGACCCUGGGUGACCAUGGAUGCGUCUGUCUCAUUCACAAGGUUCCUCAUCUGCAAAAGUCACUCAUUGCACCUACCUCGCAGCGUUGUUGUGAGGCUAAGGAGAUAUUUUGCCACCUUUCGCUUGUGAGGAAAUGUUGAUGUGGGUGGACCCAGGGUGAAUUUCUGGGGGACCUUGGACAAGAUCACACCCAGUGUGGAUGGGUGAAGAUCAGUAUUGUUGGGGGGCUCUAUAUUGACUAUCAAUGGCAUUGGUGCUGUUUCUUUGGGCUGCAUGGAGGUACAGUGGAAAUAUGGCCCGAGCUAAAGUCAGGACCUGCAUUCAAAUCCCUGCUUCACUGCUCACUUCUCUGAGGCCCCCUGCGUCUAAUGGAGACUAUAAUUGGACUAGAUGGCCCUGGAAGUUCUUCCAGCUGUCCAUCCGGAUUCCGUGGCUUCCUCAGUGACUUCAGCUCGGGGUCAUAGCGGAUAGAGGGCUGGACGAGGCUGAUGAUUUGUCCCUACCCUAAACCUCUGUUGUGAGGUUUAAAUGAGCGAAUGUGUGUCGAAUGUUUGGCAAACCUAUGAGCAAUAUCCGUGGGUCACGGCCUUCUGAGACGCUAGCCUCUCCAUUUGUCUGUCUCCAGCCCAUCUCCACCAACCACAAGAAAUAAGAGAGUGAGCUUGUCCUCACUGCCCUCGGAACCUGGCCCCAUUGGCUCUCCAUGUGUCCCUCCUGUUGCUUUGCUUUGGCCUCUCCCUCACUGCCUGGCAGCCUUUUUUUUUUUCAGAUUCAUGCUUAAGCUUCUUACAGUGGCUGCUCAGAGUGCUCAGGCCCCCUUCUGUCUUCUGACACCACCCCCACUCUGGUGCAUUCCCUCAUGCCCUCUCACCUACAUCAUUGCCCGUCCCCACUCUAGUCUAGCCUUCAUUCAGCUGUCAAAGCUGUCUCUUCAUGAAGUUCAAGACUGAUCAGGUCACCCCUCCCGCUUAUAAAUCCCAGUGGCUCCCUACUGUCUUCAGGAGCCAAUACAAAAUGCUCCAUUUGGCCCUUUAGAACCUAGCUUCCUCCUACCUGUCCAGUCUCCUUACACCUUGUUCCUUUACACAGAUUCUUCAGGCCAGUGACACUGGCCUUCUGGGCGUUCCACGGAAAAGCCCCUCCAUCCCUUGGCUCUGGGCAUUUUCUCUGGCUAUCCCCCAUGCCUGGAACAUUCUCCCCCUUCCCCUCUGGCCUUCCACAGGAAGCCUUUUCUAACUGCUCUUAAUUCCAGUGCCUUCUCUCUGGUAAUUUUCUUCUGCUUACCCUGUAUCUAACUUGUUCAUACUUUAGUUUGCAUGUUGUCUCCCGCAUUAGAACGUAAGCUUCUUGACGGCAGAGAUUGUCUUUUGCUACUUUUUAUAUCCCUGUUGCUUAGCACAGACCCUGGCACAUAGUAGGCACUUAGUAAAAGUUGAUUGACCUGCUACUUUUCUCAAUGAAGUAGCUGUCUGUCAGGAUCUUGAUCAACUUUAUUCCACCCACUUUCUCCUCCUUUUCCCCUCAGAGUACAAUUUGGCUCACCCUCACUUGACUCCUUACUCUCAUCCCUUGUAUCUUCUCAGGGAUUUUGGUCAUUCCGCUUCUAAACUUCAAUCUCUUUCUCUCUAAGGGACUCCUUCUGCUUACAUGCUCAGGUCUCUCCCACCCCAAGGGGAUAAAAAUUCAUCCAAACCCUUCCUGUGACCCUUGCAUCCAUUUUCAGCUGUUACACUCUCUUCUUUAGAAAAAUCGUUUUCAACUGUAUUUGUGGUUUCUACAUCAUCACUGCCAAUUUCCCAAUCUCUUGCAACACGACUUCUCUUUCCUCCCCUGAAACUUUCUUCCAAAGUCACCCAUUACUCAGUGAAGGGUUCUCAGUCUCCCUCACUUUGACUCCUUUGCCACAAAGUCCAGAGACCGUUUCUUGGAAGACUUAACCCAUUCAACUUUGGAACUCCUAGCAAGGGGGAGUGAAGGAGCAAGCACAGAUUUGUUUAGGAGUCUCACUGCCCACCUGACUCUCUCAAUUAGCUAUCUCCACCACUGCUACCUAUCACUCAACUCCCAUGUGGUUAAACUCACCAUCCUUGUGACUUCCCAGACCCAAACUUCAGUCACCUUCUGACUCUUCCCUCUUUACCUUUCCAAACCACACCCAACCAGGUGCCCGAUGCACGAUGUCUCUGAUCCCUCCUCUCGUCUACCCUCCCAUGGCCAUCACCGCUCUCACCUACACUGCUACAAUAGUCUCGACAAGUCUUCCCGCUUCCAGUCUCCGCUUUCCUAUAUAGCUUCACACAGUGGCCCAAAGUCUUUCACUGAUGACAUCAUGCUACUCAAGAGCCUUCAGUGCCUUCACAUUGCCUCUAAGAUAGAACACACCAUCCUUCACCUGACACUUACCACAUCCCGCAUCAUCUGGCUCCCGUCUCCCUCUAGCUUGGUUUUGCCAUCUCCCCUCACCCACUGCCUCCUUUGCUCCUACUUGUGCUGAUGGAACUUGGGGCAGUCACAGAAUCGUGCUGAUUGAGUCUCUUUAACGUGAUGAUAGCCACUCUCAACAGGGCCCUCGCUACAGCAAGGCAGUUCGAAUAUCUUGCUCACCACAGAAGCUGUUCCAAACCUUUUCUUCCAUCAGCCCUUCCAUGACACUUUCCCCAGCCUGUCUGGUGAGGGCCUCCCCUCCUACUUUGCCAACAACAUUGAAGCCAUUUCCUGAGAGGUCUCCCUUAUCACCUUGCCCCCCACCAUCUCUGCUACUCCAGUCUCUGAGGAUAUGUCCCUUCCCAUCUACAUAUGUCCCACCCCCACCAUCAUAUCCCUGGUGCCUAAAAACAUGCCCAGAUCUCCAGAAGAAAACCCUCACUAGCUCUGACCCUGCCUGCCAGCUAUUUGAGACCUCUCCUUCCCUCUUUGGAGAAGCUGCCUACAGUUGGUGGCUCCAUCGUCUCCUCACCUUCUAAACUCUGCUUUCCUAGCUCUUCAGUCACCAGAGACCAGCCAAAUCUCCCAGGCUCUUCCGAGGCCCUGUCCUUCCUGCAGCCUUCAGCACUGUUGAUCAUUUCUUCUUGUGUAAAAACCUCCCUGGGUUUGGGUGACUCCUGUCUCUUGGUUCCCCUCCUUUCUGACCUGUCAUUUUUGCCGGAUCUUCAUCCAGGUCCUGCUCACUACCUGUGGCUCUGUCCUGGAUCCUCACCCAUUUCUGGUGAUCUCAACUCCCAGGAGCCCACUUGUCAUCUCUGCAGAUGACUUCCAGCUCUAGUCCAGCAUUAUCAACUGCCCCCUAGACGUUUUGACUCGUGUGUCCCAAAGGCAUCUCAAGCUCAUAUCCAGAACUCCAAAGUGCUCACUCCUCUCUCUCGCAUGUGUCACCCAUACUUUUAGCCUCUCUUCCUCAUCGCGUGUGUCUCCUCAGUUGUCAGACCUUGUAGUUGCUUUCUUUACAGCAUCUCUCUCCUAAGACACCAGCCUAACUCAGGCCCUCAUCACUUCUCGCCCUCCGGCCAGUCUGCCUCAAAUUUCUCUCCACUCUAUCUCAACUCUCAAAAUGAUUUUCCGCCCCACCCUGCGUUCAGCAGCACCAGCGGCUCCCUAUUGUUGGGCGUUCCAUCAGUUGUGGACUGUCCAUGGGUCGUCUUGGCAGAGACACUGGAGUGGUUUGCCAUUUCCUUCUCUGAUGGAUCUAGUAGAUCCUUUUGUCAGGUAAUUGGAAGUCAAAUGAGUUGCCAGGACUUGCCAACCUCAGAUGUUCCUAGCAAGUGUCUGAGGCUGUAUUUGAACUCAGAUAUUCCUGAGUCCGGGCCCAGUGCACUAGCCACUGGGCCACCAGCUGCCUCCCUAUUACCUCCAGGAUCAAAUACAAUAUUCUUUGUUUCCGAACCUUCCAUUUCCUACCUUUCCAUUCUUCCCUCCAUGCACUCUACAAUCCACACAUACUGGCUAUUUGCAGCUCCUUUCAGAAGACACUCCAUGUUUGGUCUCCAUGCCAUUGUAUUGGCUGUUCCCCAUGGCUGCCAUGCUAACCCUCUCAACUCCACUCAAGUGCUGCCACUGCCAGAAGGCCUGGACCUCCCGGCUGCUGGCAUCGUCCCCGUAAGUUUGGUUUCCAUUACUGUCUGCUCUGUAUUUUAUCUUGUAUGUUCUAAUGUACAUGUAUGUCUUCCCCAUUAGAAUGUAAGCUCCUGGAGAGCAAGGACUGUUGGUUUUCCUUUGUCUUCACCAGCACCUCGUGUGAGUGCCUGGCACAUAGUAAGCGCUUAAUAAACAAAUGACUGUUAACCAA